GUUCCUAUCGACGUACCCAUGUGGAGUUGUGGUUUGGACACAGAGCACUCGCGAAGUGCAAGAGAUUGAAGCCUAAACGACGUCCGAUUAGUUCAGGGUCCGUGCGAACAUGAAAGUUGGCUGAGCGUUCGUACAACGAGAAAUUUGAGGCACCCAAAUUUUGCUGUUGUGUUUCCAACGAGAACUUCUUCGGGGUUGAAAGGUUUUGGAGGCCUAUACUAUGUUAUCCACAUUCGUCGCACUUCUCGCGCUCUUAUUGGCGCUUCUCUUUUGGUGGGUGCGACGGACGUUCACAUUUUGGAAUGGCAAAGGGAUAGCACAUCUCACUUUCUGGCAGUACAUGCGCUUCGCCUACGACAUCUACACCAAGCCAGUGAACGAAGUAAUCCGCCGUUCCUAUAAUCAGUAUGGUCGUGUGUACGGUUCCUACCAAGGCACAGCGCCUACUCUAGUGGCUGGAGAUCCAGACAUCUUGCGGGAGGUCCUGACCACAAAAUUCAAGAACUUUUCAGACAGAACAUUAUCUCAGAGCGUGGGAAGUGAUGUUUGGAAGAAGUCCAUCUUGAACCUGUCAGGUGAGGAGUGGAAGAAAGCGCGAGCAAUCUUCACCCCAGCACUCACCGCAACACGGUUGAAAACGAUAGUGGUCAAGACAAAAACCAUUGCUGGAAGGAUGACAUCACGAGUCAUGGACGCGGCUACUAAAAACAAGCCUGUGGACUUCUUUGAGCUUGCCACCAACACGGCGCUCGACACUACAGCUGCUUUGAACUAUAGUGUCGACAUCGACAGCAAUAAUGACAAGAACCAUCCCCUUAUGAAAUGUCUUGAAACUAUCUAUAUGGGUACAAGUGGCUGGAAAGUCGUGAUGUUAUUUCUCAUGCCACCUGUGUACAAGGUUCUGCAGCCUGAUUAUCCCCCCAAGUCCAGUACUGAUGUAUUCAAGGCAUUCGUCUCGCACCUGAUUGAAGAAAGGAAGUCAAAGAACAAGGAAGAAGACGACUUUCUUCAGGUCUUUAUGAAUGCUGACUACAACUGGGAAGAUAACGCAGCAACUAAAGGCGAGAACGCGGAAGUUAAGAAAAUGUCACUGGAAGAGAUUACAGCCCAAGGGAUAGUGUUCUUCAUCGCCGGCGUAGAGAGCGUCUCGAUGACCCUCAGCCUUACGACUUACUACCUGGCCCUUAAUCCUGAUUGUCAAGACAGGGUCAUUGCGGAAAUAGACAAGGUGCUCACAAAGGGGGAGCUCACAUACGAUGCUCUACAGGAGAUGCCGUAUCUCGAUGCCUGCAUCAAAGAGGCAAUGAGAAUUUGCACUCCCGAUUCGAUAACUAUGAGGGUUUGUACGGAGGAAACUACGGUGGCUGGAAUCCACUUCAAGCCAGGAAUGUGCGUCGACAUUCCCUUGGCCGGAAUGCACCAUGAUCCAGUAUAUUUUCCUGAACCGGACCAGUACAAUCCAGAGAGGUUCAUGCCGGAAAACAAGGACGCCCUGAGGCCGUUCACGUACCUGCCGUUUGGGGCCGGACCACGUAAUUGCGUCGGCAUGCGUCUCGGCUUGAUCCAAGUGAAGAUAACUAUAGCUUGCCUGCUUCAGCACGUUAAAUUUGAGACGUGCCCAGAAACGCCGGUACCGCUAAAGUUCAAGCCGAGACAACUUCUUCCUGUCUUCGACGGAGGAUUGCACCUACGGGCAGUGCCUCGUCAGCACUCUGCAAACAGUGUUUUAUAAUAAUCAAGGAUUUGUUUUAUGCAAGCGGCGACGGAAGCGCUUGUUGCUUAUUUUUUGAGCGUCAAGAAAAAGGUAUAAAAAAGGGCUAAUUGAACUACAUAAAAAUUGAAGCACCAUAAUUUCGACUUUAAGAAGAGAAAUGUAGGCAUGCAAUGAAAGUUUGAUUAGUAAACAAUA